GUGGAAGAGGAUGCGAUGGGAUUUGACAGUGUGUGCAACGUGAAUGUGAGUUGCACGGUGGUCUUGCUGUAUCUUCUUCAGACUGGUGGUGGUGGGAGAUGGAAGGGGAAAAGCAAGAAAUGGCGUCAGAUGCUGCAGUUUCCCCACAUCAGCCUGUGUGAAGAGCUGAGACAGACAAUUGUGAAGGACUACAAGAGUCUUUGUGAUGAGCAGCCCAUUGGGAGGUUACUGUUCCGCCAGUUCUGUGAGACCCGGCCAGAGCUGUGUCACUGUGUGCAGUUUCUGGAUGCCAUGGCUGACUACGAGGUGACUCCAGAUGAAAAGCGAAAGGAUUGCGGUCAGUGCCUUGUGGACAAGUUCCUCGACCCCAAGUCUCCCGAGUAUAUUUCGGAGAUACCCAGCAACAUGAAGAGUCAUUGUUUGCAAGAGCUGCAAAAUGGAGCCUGCAAGGAGCUCUUCAAGGAAUGUCAGAAGUUGGUCCACGAUUUCCUGAGUGUUGCACCUUUCUCUGAUUACAUGGACAGUUUGUACUUCAGUCGCUUCCUCCAGUGGAAAUACCUGGAGACGCAGCCUGUGACCAAGUACAACUUCCGCCAGUACCGUGUGCUGGGAAAGGGAGGCUUUGGGGAGGUCUGUGCCUGCCAGGUUCGAGCCACAGGGAAAAUGUACGCCUGUAAAAAGCUGGAGAAGAAACGAAUCAAAAAGCGGAAAGGAGAGGUCAUGACUUUAAAUGAGAAAGAGAUUUUGGAGAAAGUGAACAGUAGGUUUGUAGUGAGCCUGGCCUAUGCCUAUGAGACAAAGGAUGCUUUGUGCCUGGUCUUAACCCUGAUGAACGGAGGAGAUCUCAAGUUUCACAUCUAUCACAUGGGCGAGGCUGGCUUUCCGGAGCAACGUGCCAUCUUCUACGUGGCCCAGAUCUGCUGUGGUCUUGAGCAUCUGCAGAGAGAGAGGGUGGUUUACAGAGAUUUGAAGCCAGAAAAUCUGCUCCUGGACGAUCACGGUCACAUUCGGAUAUCGGACUUGGGCCUGGCUAUGUACGUGCCAGAGGGACAGACAGUCAAAGGCAGAGUGGGCACUGUGGGCUACAUGGCUCCUGAAGUUGUAAAGAAUGAACGUUACACAUUCAGCCCUGAUUGGUGGGGUCUGGGUUGCCUGUUUUAUGAGAUGAUUGAGGGGCAGUCACCGUUUCAACAGCGCAAGAAAAAGACCAAACGGCAGGAGGUGGAACGGCGAGUCACGGAGGAGCAGGAGACCUACUCUGACAAGUUCUCAACACAAGCAAGUUCACUGUGUCAGCUGUUACUGAGGAAAGCCCCUGAGGAGCGGUUAGGCUGCUGUGGAAGGGGUUCGUAUGAGGUUAAGGAGCAUCCCCUAUUUCAAGACAUAAACUUCAAACGGCUUGAGGCAGGAAUGCUGCAGCCUCCAUUCGUACCUGAUCCACAAGCAAUCUACUGUAAGGACGUGUUGGAUAUUGAGCAGUUCUCUACAGUGAAAGGAGUGGAACUGGGGCCUGCUGAUAAUGAUUUCUACGCCAGGUUUGCCACAGGCUCUGUCUCCAUCCCCUGGCAGAAUGAGAUGAUCGAGACAGAAUGUUUCAGUGAGCUGAAUGUUUUUGGGAGUGAUGGUUCAGUGCCCCCGGACCUGGAUUGGAGGGGUCAGGCUGAGCCCCCACCCAGGAAGGGGUUACUGCAGAGACUGUUCAGUCGCCAGAAAUGAGCUCUCAAUACGGGAUAACUAAAAACAAGUUGAUAAUCCCACAAUCAAGCCUUUGGUGAAAGACUCAGUAAACCAAGAAAGCUAAACUUCAGGAGCAUUCCACUACUACCUGCUACAGCUAUCAACACAUCCACCGUCAUUAACCUACACUGUUUAUUACUGUUACUAACUGCCAUAACAGCAACAGGGCCACCAUUACUAACGUACACUGCUUACAAUUUUAACCAGCUAGCUGACUUAACUAACUAGUGAAAAGUUCUCACUAAAGUGCCACGUCAUCAUAACAAAGUUUGUCACUAAACAUUGCCACUUUUAUACUACAGCCUGAGAGAGAAUCUGGGUCGACCAUUGAGCCCACUACCUUACUGAGUACUAUCGUGACUGAUCUCGUGCUUCACCUCCACAUGCCGAUCAGUGUUCCAAAUCCCCUCAGUCCUCCAGAGACC